AUGGAUGUUGUUGAAUUACAAGAAAAAGAGUUAUGGGGAGAUGAAGAUGAUCCGAAGAGAGUCACGAUGAGAAGUCACGAUGAAGAGAGUCACGAUGAAGAGAGUCACGAUGAAGAUCGUAAAUCUCUUGAAGCAAUGAAUAUUGUUCAAGCUUCGAAUUCUGAUGUUGAUAACGAAUGGGAAUCAAUGACCUACAAUAGAGGAGCGCUUAGAAGCCCGGGGGUUCCAGCUAAAAGAAAUCGAGGAAUAUUGGGACUUGGUAUUGGACGUGAUGUCCCAUUGAGUCAAACGUCAAUCUACCGUGCAGUCAAUUUGGUCAGUUAUGGACCCUGGAUUGCUGAGUGGGCGCGAGAUAAGUUUGAAAGAACAGAAGAAGUUCAAGUCGGAAAUGAUUUAGGAUUUGUUCAAUCGGGUGUUAGCGCUGUACAAGAAGAACUCGCGUUUUCUACUGGAUGGAGAAAUCUUAUCACUUCUUUAUCGUAUAACGAAAUUCGACAAGAACUUGGAUUUGGAUUAGCUCUCGGGCCUUAUGGAGUGAAUGUGGAUCGAUCCCAGAACUACAGAGCAACUGCAGUUGAGAUUCUGGCGCGUGGUGUAGAAAAUACGGAUUUUGAGAUCAGUGUACGUCAUGAUUUUGACGAUUAUUUUUACCCAACGGAUACUGGAUUUGGGACUGAAGUAUUGGUCGCAUACAAAGGUGUUACUGCUGCUCUUGCCAACGAUAUUCGUGAAAAACGUUUUGGAUUGACAAUCGGAGUGCGCGGGUACAAUGUUGCGUUUCUCCAUGACUUUGAUAACUUUCUGUCCCUGGCUCAAGCUAAUUGGGGUCGAGGGUGGCAAUUAGCCAUGGAGUCAGAUUUUCCUGAUGAAUAUUCUUUGUCAACAUUCAUUGGCUUUGGAGUAGGCGACGAUGGAGUACCGCAGGCAUCAGCGCGUCUACAAACGCGUAAUGUCGGAUUCGCUGUGGAUUUUCUAGAUGAGUUUGGUCAACGUGUGAACUUCACGAUCGAAGAAGUGCGCGAUAUCAUGGGGAACCCCGUGAAUAUUCGCAACAUGUCUGUCAUCGCUCAUGUCGAUCAUGGCAAGUCAACAUUGACUGACUCCUUAGUAUCAAAAGCUGGAAUCAUUGCUGCGAAGAACGCCGGUGACGCUCGCUUCACUGAUACUCGUGCUGAUGAACAGGAGCGGUGCAUCACCAUCAAGUCGACGGGUAUCUCGCUCUAUUUCGAACACGAUGAAGAUGGCCGCGGCAAGCAAGCUUUCUUGAUCAAUCUUAUCGAUUCACCGCGGCAUGUUGUAUUCUCAUCUGAAGUCACUGCAGCUCUCCGUGUCACUGAUGGCGCCCUUGUUGUUGUUGAUACCGUUGAAGGUGUCUGCGUCCAGACUGAAACCGUCUUACGUCAAGCUCUUCAAGAACGUAUCAAACCAGUUCUUCAUGUCAAUAAAGUUGAUCGUCUUCUUGAAUUGAUGAUGGAGUCUGAGGAAAUCUAUCAAACAUUCAACAGAACAAUCGAAAAUGUCAAUGUGAUCAUCGCCACUUACAACGACGCCCUCAUGGGAGACGUUCAAGUUUAUCCAGAGAAGGGAACAGUUUCAUUUGGAUCUGGUCUUCACGGAUGGGCCUUUACCAUUGAGAAGUUUGCUCGCAUCUACGCGAAAAAGUUUGGUGGAGAAGAGAGAAUGAUGCAACGUCUCUGGGGAGAUUGUUUCUUCAACCCGAAGAAGAAAACUUUCAGCAAGAACAAGGAUGAGGAUUCGAACCGUGCUUUCUGUCAGUUCAUCAUGGAUCUUUGCACCCUCUUCACCUCCAUUAUGAAUGACGACAAACAACAAUACGAGAAAAUGCUUGUUUUCUGUGGCGUCGAAUUGAAGGGCGAAGACAAGACUCUCACCGGCAAAACUCUUCUGAAGCGUGUGAUGCAACUCUGGCUCAGUGCUGGAGACACACUUCUCGAGAUGAUUGUCACUCAUUCCAUCCCAGUUAUUGCCCAGAAGUAUCGUGUCGAGAACUUGUAUGAAGGUCCAAUGGACGAUGCUGCAGCGAAUGGUAUCAGAAACUGCGAUCCCAACGCUCCUCUUAUGAUGUACAUCUCGAAAAUGGUUCCGACAUCCGAUAAGGGACGCUUCUACGCUUUUGGUCGCGUGUUCUCUGGAACGGUGUCGACCGGACAGAAAGUUCGCAUCCAAGGACCCCACUACACUCCUGGCUCCAAGGAUGAUCUCAACAUCAAGAAUAUCCAACGAACGAUUCUCAUGAUGGGGCGCUAUGUCGAGAAAGUUAACGAUGUUCCUUGCGGAAACACCGUCGGUCUUGUUGGUGUGGAUCAGUAUUUGCUUAAAUCUGGAACCAUCACGACAUUUGAUGAUGCGCAUAAUAUCGCGGAUAUGAAGUACUCCGUGUCUCCUGUUGUCAGAGUGGCGGUCACACCAAAGGACCAGAAGGAAUUGCCAAAACUUGUCGAUGGUCUCAAGAAACUUGCGAAAUCAGAUCCUCUUGUCGUUUGGCACAACGAGGAUUCUGGAGAACACAUCAUUGCUGGUUGUGGCGAGCUCCAUGUUGAGAUCUGUUUGAAAGACUUGAAGGACAGUAGAGCUCAGAUUGAGUUCAUCACUUCAGAUCAGUUGUCUCCUAUCGUGAAAUCUGUUGCUGGGGUUUCUUCACAAACUUGCUUAUCCAAGUCCCCCAACAAACAUAAUCGUCUCUAUAUGACUGCGGAGCCAUUUAGACCGAAGACUCGCUAG